UUCUUGAUAGUUUGAUCUGAUCAUCAUAUAUUUGCAGAAGGAUUGAUCUGGGUGUUGUGUUUCUUGAGAAAUUCGAGGGACUCAGAUAUAAAAGGUCUGAUUUUGUGUUUUUAUAAUGCUCUAGGUGGAUUUCUAAUUAUUAUUUUCUAAAAAAUGUUUAACAUAAUCUGCAUCGAAGCAUAAUCUUCGAAUUUUUAACAUUUUUUCCAAUAUACUUGAUCCCCAAUCCGGUUGAAGUAAUAAAUGUGUGAUCUUUAUCAAGGUCUUUAAGUUUGGUCAAACUCCUUGAAAUUUGGAGCUUUAUUUGGUGUUAAAGAUUUGACUUUAAGCUGCUUGUAUACCUUGAAAGGCAUGAUUGCUUGUCUGUUAAGUUGUUGAUGACCAAGUUCUUCAAGCAAUUGGAUUGUAAAUCACCACAUUGGUCCAAUUGAUAUAACUAAGCAACAUUGGUUGAACAGAGGAAAAGUUACGGAGAAUUGUUUUACUAUUUUUUACCAGACAAAGAAUUCGAAUUCAGAUUUCUUCUAAUCUUGUCUAAAGAAUAGCCUGAUUUUGUCUGGUUGAUAUCUCACCAAAAGCUUUUGAAUUUGAGGCUUACUAUUUUUAUUUCUCAAAGAAAGCUAAAAGUGACUCAGAAUAUUGAAUGAUAAAAUCUUACAGUCAUCAUGGCAAAGAAAUCGAAACAACGUUCCUCUCGGCAGAAGAAAGAUCAGUCGGGUUGUAUGUGGGGACUAAUGAGUAUGUUUGACUUCCGGCAUGGUCGUAACACCAGAAGGCUGCUUUCAGAUCGUAGAAGACAACCAAUGAAUAAUGCUCAUGAUUCUUUAUAUACAUUGGAUGGGAAUUUGCUCACAAAUUCUCCUGAGAUGCAUCCAAACAUUGAGGAUGUUCAAAAAGUUAAAAAACCGACUAUGGAUCUUGUGAGGGCGAGGGUGAAGGAACUUAUUGAAGAAGAGAUGUUCAUUGACCAAGAUCCGAAGUUCAUAAAGAGAGAUCAUGAACAAAUGAAUAGUUCUAAAACCUUAAAGGAAUCUUUUGACCAGGAAAUCUCGAAUAGUCAUCAAGUUUCAGCACAGAAAACCACACAGUAUCAUGAUCUUGAAGCUCUUGUGAAGGAAAUAUUGUUUAUUUAUCAAAAAAAGAAUGGACAGCAUGAUGAUCUUGAUAGAGGGGCAAAACGGUAUUUUCCUAUCGUCGAAGAAAAGCUUAUUGCAGCUGUUGAGGUGUUGCUGAAUGAAAAAUCAACAAACGGGGACUUCAAACAUAUUCACCAUUCUAAAGAGAUGUUUCAGAUGUUAAGUUCGAAUAAAGAAAUUUUUUUGAAAAUCCUUCAAGAGCAAAAUUCGAUUUUGCUAAAUGAAGACCAGAAGUCAAAGUUACUGACGAGAUCGAACUCAUUGGAAAUGAAGACAAUUGAUCAAGAACAGGAGGAACUUGUAACCCGUAAGCACCGAAAGUUCUUCAGAAGAAGGAGUAAAUCACAAGAUAGUAUAUCGAUGAAUGGAAAGGAUAGGAUUGUCAUUUUGAAGCCCGGGUCUUCCGAAAAUCAAGUUUCGACGGGAAACGGAAAUCAUAGUGUAGGACAUGGUUCCCAAUUUUCAUUCGUGGAGAUUAAGCGACGAUUGAAACACGCAAUGGGAAAGGAGCAACAAACUCCCAGACCCAUAGAAAGAACAGGAAAAUCGGUUGUUGAUGGUGGAUGGAGUUCCCCGAGUAGAGAUCAUUUUUAUACUGAAAGAUUUGCAAGAGUUACUAAUGGGUUCAAAACAGGAGAUAGAGUUUCAAGUUUACGAGAAUCUGAACAGAAAAAUGAAAACGCUAAUCAUAGGGUAUCAAGCAUAUAUGUCGAGGCCAAGAAACAUUUAUCUGAAAUGCUCACAAGCGGUGACGAGGAUGCCGAGCUGAUGAUGAGAAGCCUCCCGAAAAGCCUUGGGAGGAUAUUGUCCCUUCGAGAGUACAAUUCGCUCUCUCCUGGUACAAGUCCUCGAGCACAAACGAGACCUUUGGUCAACAAAACUCAAGCGCUCACAACUAUCGAAAACCCUGAAGGGAAAGUUGUAGAUCCUGAUGAUAUGACUUCUGAUGGGGCUCAAGAGAUCUUAAAAUCACCUUUAUCUGAUAAAGAAUACAAAGAACAAUCGGUGGAUUUUGAUGUUUCCUGUGAAUCAAAUGGUUCUCCAAAUGGCAUUCAUGAUGUGGUGAUUAUCGACGGUUCUAAUGAAGAUUGGUCAUCUGAGAUCUUGAAACAUGAUUUACCUGAUGAGAACGGGCCCUCAUCUUCUCAGACUCAUACAGAGUCUUCACUUAUUUGCAAGACUGAAGAACUCGUUAUCAGUUCUGGUGAGAGAACUGGGAAGCCUAGUCCUGUAUCAAUUCUCGAGCCAUUGUUUUCAGAUGAUGAUAUCAGCCCUGCAAGAACUGCUACUCGGCCUGUAGAAGCUGGGGUUCAACCAUUGUGUAUCCAAUUCGAUGAAGCCAGUUCCCCAGUUGAAGAUCAACAAAUACGAAUCACAGACUCGGGGGAUACCGAGGAAUCUGCAUUUGAAUAUGUUGAAGCUGUGCUCCUCUCUUCUGACCUCAACUGGUCUGAAUUUGAAAAAAGAUGGAUUUCAUCAGUGCAAAUCCUUGAUCCGUCUUUAUUUGAUGAAGUGGAAUCGUUUUCAAGUCGGGCCAGAUACGACCAAAAGCUCCUUUUUAAUUCAACUAACGAAGUUCUGGAAGAGGUAUGCAGUCGUUUCAUUCCCGAAUCAUCCUUUAUCAAACAAAACGUAUGGCCCGUCCCUAAAGGAAUGGACCUGAUUAAUGAGGUAUGGUCACGGCUGGAGUCAUGUCUUUAUAAGCUUUAUCCUCGAGAUCUGGAGAAGCUCGUAAGAAACGACAUGGAAACAUCAAGAAUGUGGAUGAACCUUCAAUCGGCGUCACGUGAAAUAGUUAUUGAGAUCGAAGAAUCAAUAUUUAGAGAAACAAUCGACGAUACACUUUUCAGCUUAUUAGAAGCUGGAACGGAUUACACUCUAUGUCUUGUUCGUGAAAAUCCCACGGAUCACUCGAUAGGGGUUUCAGAAGAUGGUUUUUUUGAUUAAAGAGCAACUUAAUAUUAUUAGCCUAUCAGGGAUUGAUUUUGGUGUGUUUUGUGUGAUUUUUGGUUACUUAACACAUAUAGUCAAAAUGAUAUUAUAUCACUGGAGGUCAGUUUGUAAUAAGCAUAUAUACAUAUCAAAAAGAAAAUGAUAUACAGAGGUGGCUGUUUUUAACCAUUUGUGCUCACGAAGGGUCUUGUAUAUUAUUACUGUAAUAAAUCAGUUACGUUUGAUGAUAUCCUUAUUUCACAGUUUUUUCCUCCCUUAAA